AUGUCUAGACAACCUCCUGUCAAGAGGCCUGCGCUCAUCGGAGAAGAAAUGGAGAAGUGGAUUAAGGAGGGUUCUAGCUCUUCAACCGUUGAUAAGCCGGAAAAGAAAACUGGUCCCUAUCUCCUCGACGACAACGCAUUUGAUAUCACUCCCACUGACGGUCUCCACGGCACUAUCUUCUUUCGAUACGAUAAAUCGAAUGAUAAAGUUCACGCCACGUAUCGUUGCCCGGCAAAACAAUGCGAUAAAGAUAGCGAUAGAUCUGACAGAAAGAACAAAUCUAAGGGCCAUGUCGUUGACCCAGGUCUGGAGAAAUGCGACAUGUGCACUAAACCGUUGUUGAGUUCUGGGGUUGAUAAGCAGAAAGCUGCAGAGGCAACAGCUAAGUUCAAGAAGAUAUAUGACAAGAGUUAUCGACGUUUCUUUGACGGCCGGGCCAUUUAA